GUUUUCGUUUUGGAGUCAGGAAAUUUUGCGUGUUCUGCGCCAGAAAAUUUCAAUUUUUAGUGAAAAACUUUUGAGUUUCUCGACGAUUCUGUUCGACAAUGAACAGAUUUGAGUACUGCCAGGCUCGGUUGGCGGAAAAUGAGUCGUUUGUGGCCAAGGACCGCAACGUAAAGCUGUACGAUGGUGACGAAAAGACCAGCUACGACGACGGCGAGGUCGUCCUGACGAGCCACCGGCUGCUGUGGGGCCGCAACGGCGAGAUCGCCCGCGGCGGAAACGCCCUCUCGUUGCGCCUCCGGUACGUGCAAUCGUUUGGCGAGGAGGAAGCCAGCUCGAUGCUGUUUGGUCGCAAAAAGCGAAUCAUCCUGCGGCUGGCCGGGCCGCUGCCGGACAAGGCCCCCGGCCCGAUGGACCACAGUGUGGCGCAGUUUGUGAAGCUGAGCGGGAAGAACGGGGUGGAUGCGGGGUUUGUGCAGGCGUUGCAUGAGACGGUGGCCGCGAAAAUUUGGGCUGUUAGUGAGGAGGGCGAGGGGGAGGGGGAGAAGUCGGAACCGGCGAAACGGGUGCUGAGGACGGGGAUUAUGGGAAUCGAGCGGAACAUGGCCCAGAAGCAGAAGCAAACGGACGAGAAUAUAAGUUUGGCGUUUAAGGAUCUGGGGAAGCUGAUGGAGAUGGCGAAGGAUAUGGUGGCGAUUUCGAAGGUGGUCAGCACGAAGAUUCGGGAACGGCAGGGGGACAUUUCCGAGGACGAAACGGUGCGGUUCAAGUCGUACCUGAUGAGUUUGGGAAUUGACGAUCCGGUGACGAGGGACGGGACAAGGAGCAAUUCGGAGUAUUUUAUGAAGCUGUCGCAGCAGUUGUGCGAGAUGCUGUUGGAUCCGAUUACGGAAUCUGGUGGCAUGAUGUCCCUGGCGGACGCCUAUUGUCGCGUGAACCGAGCACGUGGUUUGGAGCUCCUUUCACCGGAGGACCUUCUCGAAGCGUGCAAACUCCUGCUUGGACCAAUCAAGUUACGACAGUUUCCCAGCGGAACGAUGGUACUUCAGCUGGACAACCACGACGACGAGCUUGUAUCGCAAGAGACGGUCGAACUGGUGGAAAAACUCACCUCGAUCAGCGCCGACGAGUUGGCGCGCGCCGUGGGAAUUUCUCUACUGCUAGCCAACGAGCGGCUGCUGACGGCCGAGAACCUCGGCAAACUGUGCCGCGACGAAUCCAUAGAAGGUCUUCGCUUUUAUCCAAAUUUAUUUCUUCAAUAAAACCACCGAUCCAGAUCGUG